UUUGUUUUUGUUGUUACAAAUAUUUGAAAUAUUUUGAAAAUUCUUGAGGGUUGUAAUUGUUUGGUUUCUGGUGUUUGUUAUCUCAUGAAAAAUGGAUUCUAUGAUAGAAAUAAAAAUAGACCUCAGGGUUGUUAAAAAAGAUUUAAUAUCUGGAAUUCACCAGUGUUCUCAGAGAGGUUUGAAUUAUAGUGUGAAAUGGUUGUCCGAAAUCAAUCAUGCCCUAAAAGAAUUACAAUUAUCUCCAGAUGAGCUUCCUCAACAUGUGGAUGAUACACAAGAUGAAUUAGAGGAAUUUUUAUUAGCCAAGUCAUAUUUUGAUCUUAAAGAAUAUGAUAGAAGUGCACAUUUCCUGAAAGAUUGUGUAAAACCAAAACCUCGGUUUCUAUACUUUUAUUCCAGAUAUUUGUCUAUUGAGAAGAAAAAACUAGACAAUAUGACUGAUACAAAUUGUCCUCCUGAUCCAACAAAAAAUGAAUCACUGAAAGAUUUGUGCACAGAAAUGGGAACUGAUUAUUUUGAUAAUAAAUUAGAUGGUUACUGCAUAUAUCUUUAUGGUGUGGUUCUGAAGAAGUUAGAUCUGGUAUCUAAAGCAAUAGAAGUAUUUAUGAAGGCUGUCAAAGCUGAGCCUAUUCUUUGGAGUGCAUGGUUUGAAUUAGGAAGAAUCAUUCCAGAUAAAAGUGCAAUUCAUUCUCCUGAUUUACCUGACCACUGGAUCAAAUACUUUUUUAUUGCUCACACAUAUUUGGAGCAGUUGUGCAAUGAAGAGUCACUCCAGAUGUACAACACUUUUUAUUCAAUGGGAUUACAAAAGAGCACUUACAUUCUAUCACAAAUUGCUUUAGGAUACCAUAAUCGCAGGAAAUUGACUGACGCCAUAGAAAUGUUCCAGAAAAUCUUGGAGUUAGAUCCUUACAGACUAGAUAACCUGGACACAUAUUCAAAUCUGCUCUAUGUCCUUGAGAAGAAAAAAGAACUUGCUGACUUGGCACACAAAGUUGUGAACGUGGAUAAAUACAGAGUUGAAACUUGUUGUGUGAUAGGUAAUUAUUACAGUUUGACUUCAGACCAUGCAAAGGCUGUGUUAUAUUUUCGAAGAGCAUUAAAACUGAAUCCUCAAUUUUUAUCUGCCUGGACACUGAUGGGACAUGAAUUCAUGGAGAUGAAAAAUACUAAUGCAGCUAUCCAAAGUUAUAGACAUGCAAUUGAAAUAAAUUCGAGGGAUUACCGAGCUUGGUAUGGACUUGGACAAACCUAUGAAAUUCUCAAAAUGCCAAAUUACUGUUUGCACUACUACAAGCAAGCUCAACAGUUGAAACCAAACGAUAGCCGUAUGGUGAUAGCCUUAGGUGAAGCAUAUGAGAGAUUAGAUAAGACUGAAAAUGCGUUGAAAUGUUAUUAUAAGGCUUGCAACUUGGGAGAUGUAGAAGGCACUGCUUUACUCAAAUUGGCAAAAUUGUAUGACAAACUCUCAGAGACUGAGAAUGCUGCUGCAGCAUUCACGGAAUUCUGCUUGAGAGAGGACGAUCGAGAGAUGAGGGCUGUCGAGGAGCAAGCAGAGUUCUACAAUGCUCUCCAAUAUCUGGCAAAUUAUCAUCUCAAGAAGGGUGAACUUGAUGAUGCCUACACGUACGCCUACAAAUGUAUGGAGUAUGAGGAGACAAAAGAACAAGGAAAAGCCCUGUUGAAGACCAUUGCAGCAAAGAGGGUUGAACAAGAACCCGGACCAGCAAGGAUAAAUGAAUCCAGCACUAACAAUAUAGAUAUGGUGUUUUCCCCAAAUGUAUUAUGAUAGUUAUAUGAAAUUAUGAUCUAAAUAUUGAAUAUUCCUCUGUGGAAAUCAAACAGCACCAUGCUCUUGAGAAUAAGGAUGUUGAAAGUGAGUUAUUUAUAAGUUCUAAGAGCAACAUUUC